AGAUAGCACGUUGUCAUGUAUUUUCAAGCGGAAGUCUUAACCCGGAAACAUUUAGUCAAAAAAAAAAAAAAAUCAUCGUUGGCCAAAAAUAAUGGGGGUGACUUGUGUGUGCCAGGUGCCAGUUACAGAGGGGAAGAGUGUGCAGCAGACGGUGGAUGUACUGCACAAGAAACUGGAGCAGUUGGGUGCUGUAAAGCAGGGGAGCUUUUGCGUGGACUGUGAGACGUAUCAUGCAACAGGAAAUGUCACAGGACAACCUACCAAACUGCUAUACGUUAUGCACAACUCUGAGACUCCGUUGAGUUGCCAUGCCUUAUUUGAAGGGGGACCCUGCCUCACAGCUGAUGGGAACUUUGAUGUCCUCAUGUUGAAGCUGAAAAGCCAUUUCCAGAACGCCAAGGCGCACAAGGUGGAGUGCCGUGGUUCUAGAUAUCGAUACUGCGACUUCCUUAUAAAAGUUGGCACGGUUACCAUGAGCUCCAGUGGAAGAGGGAUAUCUGUAGAGGUUGAGUAUUGUCCAUGUGUGGUUCCAGGGGACUGCUGGAAUCUAAUGAAAGAGUUCAUGCAAACCUUCCUUGGCUCAAGUGUUCCAGAGUGGCCAACCGUGUUUACUAGCAAGCCCGAAGGCCUCUAUGCACCGGCAGACAGUGUGGACACUAUGAACCAGUACCUGGAGCUGUUCAACAAACUGAGGAAACAACCAGUCCCAGGAAGCAACGUCCGAUGAAGCUUCAGCUGCAUCACAUCAUAUUUUUGUGGUUUGGAUUCACUUCCAAUAAAUCAAAAGGGGUCCUAGACAUUUGACCGUUUUUCAGGAGAUUUGAAUUCCCUAUGUCUCUUACAUUAAGGAAAGACAUCAUUGAUGAAAAUAACUAAGGGUGUUUUGCAUAUGCUAAUUUUCAGUGGGUGCGACAUGAAUGGCUACAAAAAAAAAAGAAUACUCGUAGUGUCAAAUGAUAUUGUCAUAAAUAUUUUUUUACGAA